AUGAGUUUCUCAAAGGACAUUAAAAGAUUCCAGCUAGCGAGAGUCCUGGCUUUGUGCCUAACUAUCGCGUGCGAUCGCUCGCCGUCGGCAGGAGCAGUGCAGCUCAGUAGGGCCACGCGUUUGAGGGACUUACGCCACCACAAGGUGCCACACGGGUCUUUUGACUACGUGCAUUUGCAACCGUCAGCAGCGCCGCUGUCAGGAAUCGAGACAGCGGAAACAGAGACAGAGGCAUUUGAGGAAGAAGGAGCGGAAUUUGCGUGGCCUACUUCACAAUAUGGAGAAGAAGCCGACGGCCACCGUGACAUGAUUUUCUUGGAGGCACAUAAUGGAGCGUCUUCGCUUUCAGAGCAUUCGUCUCACAGAGGUUCAGUCAGUUGCAGUGUGUCAUUUUCCGAGGGCUACAGAACGUCUCCUAUCGUAGAAGUGACGGGGAAGACGUCAGCGACGGACACAGCGACUGCCGUAUUUGUAGAUGAGACGGCUCGCUUUUGGGUUCACGGAGUGAAGACGAAUGUUUCCAUCCCCUCCACAUUCCGCUUCGAAGGGAACGGGGCAGGAGGAGACUAUGCAGAUAUACACCCUCCACCGGGCACUGGGGCUCACCAUUAUACGGUGGUACUGUAUAAAGGACAAUUAGAACAGGGUCCUUUGCUUCUUUCGAUAUCUGGAACUCCUUGGAGUAACAGGAGACGUGCUGUGGGGUCCUUGCGCGCUAUUGAGGGUGACCUUAAAAAACAAAACGCAGGGAAGCAAGUGGAGGAGCUGUGCAGGUGCACUGUUCAAGUGUCCCACGAAGACUUAUCCCAGGAAGGGUAG